UCUUCUGUUUCCUGUUUGUAGGAAACUUCCUGCAUCUUGAAUCUGUUCUGGUUCUGAUCCAAACCUCCGCUGGUUUUCUGUGGAAUCAGUUUCUGCAGCAUUAAAGCCGCUGGUGCUGUUUUACUUUCAGUCUGAAUCAUUUCCAGUCACUCGGUUCUGCAGGUCCGAUCCGGUGGUUCUGACUAACACUUACUGGAAUGCAGCAGCAGCGUUUCCUGCUCUGAACUCCUCAUGGAUUUCACAACCGCAGCGAACUUCCAGGGUUAGACUGGCUGCUGGGAGGAACACAGCACUCACUGGACCCGCCUGAGCGGCCCGGUUCUGCCUGCUAACGGGUCAGAACCACAGCUGGAGGUUUCCCUCUGACGGCUGAAUUCCUGCGGAUCGUUCCUGUUACGGAUCGACAGCAUCUGGGAGCGAAUCAGGAUUAAAAUGAUCCGGUUCUGGUUUCUGCUGCUGGUUCUGAUCCGGCUGAGUCAACAGAACCAAACAGGUGUUUCUUCAUGCGGGCCUCAGAACCUGACCGUCAGCCGAUCGGACCAGACGGUUCUGGUAGAGUGGGAAGACGACCCGUCCUGCUCGGCUCUGAACGACCCGAUUCUCUACAACGUGACGGUUCUGGUUGAGAACCAGGAAGUUCACUCAGACGGAGUCUGGGUGGCGCCGGGCCACGUUGGGUCGACUCACUCCUGGAGGUGGACGUCUCCUCUGCCGAUGGACUGCGCUGCUCACACCUUCAGGCUGAGAGCCCAAAUCCAGAACCAGACCAGCCGGCUGGACCAGGAGCGGACUCUGCCGGAUAAAGACACCUUCAGCAGAAACGUCUUCCCUCAGGACGCGCUGCUGGAGGCCGGCCGCUCGGCCACCUUCUGCUGCAUCGUCCCACACGGUCAGCAGUUUGGCCAAAUGUACCUGGAUGGAAACACAGGCAACACCACAAAGAUCAGUGAGCACAGAUACGCCCUGACUGUGCGGCUGAAACCCGUCAUGGAAUCUGGUGCGGAUGUCCACUGUGAAACCAAAUCAGGCGAAGUGCACGGAGCUUCUGUUUUCAUUGGCUACCCGCCUGGAGACGAAGACCUUCGGUGUGAAACUCGGGAUCUGGAGUCGGUGGAAUGCCGUUGGAACAAAGGAAGAAACACGAUGGUGGAAGUCAAGAGCCAGACACGUUAUGAGCUGGAUGGAAGCCCAUGUGUCAUCGGUUCAGAGUUAAGAUGCUCUAAAGAGGUAAAUAUUGGAGGCGGUGAGAGGAACUGGACUCUAACAGCUCAGAACGUUUUUGGAAAGGUGGAGAUCCAAGACUCUGCAGAUCUGACCAGAAGAGUUCACAUGUUUGCUCCACAUGAUCUCGGCGUUGGUGACGUAGAAGCCAGGAGUGUGAGGCUGAGCUGGAGCUGGACGGUGCAGCGGUACCACAACCUGAGCCUGAACUGCCAGAUGAUCGUCUCGGACGCAGACGGAUCCUUUCUGCAGAUCAAACAUGGAGUCGGACUGAAGGCGGCAGUUUUAACCGAUCUGAGGCCAAACUGGAAAUAUGAGGUGAAGGUUCGGUGUCGAACAGCUCAACAUUUCUGGACCUGGAGCGACUGGAGCAGCAGAGUUUCCUUCCUCACAGAGGGUGAUGUUCCUGAUGCUCUGGAUGUGUGGAUGCAGAGGAAGGGAAGCCAGACUGUGAUUGUUUGGAAGAAGCUUCUGGCCAAUCAGAGCCAUGGAGACGUCACCGGAUACCAAGUAACCUGGACCAGAACCAGCGGCUCAGAUCAGCUCCACAAGGAGGAAGUCAAUGCCAGCGUUCACGAGUACACUUUGGACGGGGAUUCUGUCGUCACGGUAACAGCGAAGAACCAACAUGGCAGCUCGCCCCCAUCGACCAUCACCGUCCCUCCCACCAGUCCAGAUGAAACCAGUAUGAACCUGUCCUGCUUCACUGGGAGUGAUGGGGGACUCGACCUGUCCUGGUCCCACCAUCCAGAAGCUAGCUGUGGCUACAUGGUGGACUGGUUUCCAGCGUUAGAGGGUGAUCGUGUCGACUGGUUGAAGCUUCCUCCCAGUCAGAACAGAGUCAGGAUAAAACCCAAGAACGACGUAGCUGGGCGGAGAUACUCGGUAUCCAUCUACGCCUGCACCGGCGGCGCUCCGCUGCUCCUGGAGAGGAAGGACGGCUUCUUCACGGAGAAACAAAUCCAACCGAAGCUUUUUCAGCCUCUGUCCUACAAACUGCGUGGCUCCGAUGUGGAGAUCUACUGGGAUCCGGUUCCCCUCAGAGAGCAGCCUGCUUGUAUCCAUGGAUACGUCCUGUAUUACUUUAAAAACCGUGGUGAACCCAUCAGCGUGACCACAGAAAACCCAGCCGACUCCAGCCUGACCGCCAGGAACCUGCAGAGCGGCUCCUACACCUUCAUCAUGGCGGCGCAGACCGCGGGCGGAGCAUACGGCAACACCACCCUCAAGGUCCUCUUAAACGACGAAGACGAUUUGAGCAACAUCUUCAUCUCCAUGGGCGCCGUUUUCAUCCUCCUCUUCCUCAUCACAGUCCUGUGCUACAGACACUGGGCCUGCAUCAAGGAGAAGUUUUACCCUGACAUCCCGAAGCCAAACAUGGCCGACUGGUUCACGUCGCCUGAGAAGAGGGUUAACCCUUACCUGCAGUCGGGGCUGGGUUGCCAUGGCGAGGAGAACCUGGCCGUCCCAGAGCUGCUGCUCAAACCUGCAGAGCUGCUGAACAACAACACCGACCAGGAAGACAUGGCUCUGACGUCACAAGCCCCGCCCCUCUACCAGAACAACCCGGCCCAGAGCCGCCACGCCGUCUCCACCGUGUUCCCCAACCUGACGUACAACCUGCCGGCGGCGGACCCGGAGCGGCCCGCGGGCCUGGAGCCAAACGACUACCACCCCCAGACCCUGGCUGAGGUGUUUGGUCAGAACCGGGCGGCCCAGAAACCCGUCAUCUGUGUUUCAGAGUACAUCAUGGCGCUGCAGUCGACCCAAUGAGCCGCACAGAAAGAUGGAGACUCGGCAGAAUCAGGUGAAUUAAAUCUUUAAGGAUGUGAAUCCAACAAUCUGAUCCAAACAUCAGAACUUCAAAACAAAACUCCUUCAGAUCGUCACAGGAUGACAACAAUCACAACAACAAUAUCAAAUCAAAUCACAUUUUAUUUGUGUAGCACAUUUCAGCAGCAAGACAUUUCAAAGAGCUUUACAUCAUUAAUAUGUGGUGUUGUUGUGUAUCAUCUCUUUGUGGACCAUGAGUCUGUUGAAUAAAGUAAAUCAAUCAAUCAAUCAAUAUCAAACACAGAAACACAAGGCAACAUAGAA